CAAGGCUAUUUUUGCCACACAUUUCGUUCAGUUCUACACUAGCGGCUCCGUCGAACGUAUUAACCGGAAGCAUGUCGCUCCUCGCGAGAAUCGCCAAGUGUGAGAUACGUUUCACCACCCGAUUCUACAGCAAUGCAGCUCCAACGGUCAAAAUGUACAUCGAUGGACAAUUCGUGGAGUCAAAAGCUACGGAAUUUACGGAUGUCCAUAAUCCUGCAACGAAUCAGCUGUUGUGCCGAACUCCAAAAUGCACGAAGGACGAAAUGGAGAGUGCUGUACAGAGUGCACGAAACACAUACAAAAAGUGGCGGAAUACCAGCAUCCUUACGAGGCAAAGUUUGAUGCUCAAGUAUCAAGCACUUAUCCGAGAACACUCGAAAGAAAUUGCAGAGAACAUUGUGAGAGAAAAUGGAAAAACUAUGGCUGACGCGGAAGGAGAUGUGCUUCGAGGUCUUCAGGUUGUCGAUGCGUGCGCGUCGAUCCCGAUGCUGCAGAUGGGCGAAUCCUCGACCAACAUUGCCACGGAUAUGGAUAUCAUCUCUUAUAAAGUGCCCCUCGGUAUUACCGCAUCCAUUUGUCCCUUCAAUUUCCCCGCCAUGAUACCACUUUGGUCGUUUCCGAUAUCGGUCGCAUGCGGGAACGCCGCUAUCCUGAAGCCGUCGGAACGUGUACCAGGUGCGUCUAUGAUCCUCGCUGAUCUCUUCACGAGAGCCGGCGCCCCAGCUGGUCUUCUAAGCGUUAUACACGGCCAACGUGAAGCCGUGAACUUCAUAUGUGAGCAUCCCGACAUUAAGGCUGUCUCGUUCGUCGGUUCCGAUCAAGCGGGUCAAUAUAUCUACAAGCAGAGUAGUGCGCACGGCAAGAGGGUGCAGUGCAACAUGGGCGCUAAAAACCAUUGCAUCGUGCUACCAGAUGCGAACAAGAAUAAGACGCUGUCACAAAUCGUCGGCGCGGCUUUCGGCGCCGCCGGACAACGAUGCAUGGCGCUCUCGGUGGCGAUCUUCGUGGGUAGGUCGAAAGAAUGGAUAACCGAACUGGUGCAGGCGGCAAAAAGGUUGAAGGUAAACGCCGGUCAUGUGCCUGGCACUGAUCUCGGACCUGUCAUAUCGCCGCAGGCAAAGCAGAGAAUUUGCGAGCUGAUCGAAAGCGGCGUUAAAGAUGGCGCGAAAUUGCCCCUCGACGGAAGAGGCAUCGUUGUGCCCAGCUAUGAAAACGGAAACUUUGUCGGGCCAUCGUUGUUAAUCGAUGUUAAGCCCACGAUGAAGUGUUACACGGAAGAAAUAUUUGGGCCUGUCUUGUCGUGCAUAUUUGUUGACACGACCGAGGAGGCCAUCAACAUCAUUAAUAAAAACCCUUACGGUAAUGGCACGGCGGUUUUCACGACAAAUGGCGCGACAGCUAGGGCAUUCGUGAACAGGAUCGAAGUGGGCCAAGUUGGCAUUAACGUUCCCAUCCCGGUUCCUCUGCCGAUGUUCAGUUUCACCGGCAACAAAGGUUCCUUCCUCGGCGAUAGUCAUUUUUACGGAAAACACGGAGUGAACUUCCACACACAAACGAAGACAAUAACUCAACUGUGGAGAUCCGAUGACGCUACUGAUAUCGCGUCGUCGACGGCGAUGCCUACCAUGCAAUAAGGCUGUAAUUAUAUAUAUUAUUAAUUAUACAAGGCUGUAAUUAUAUAUAUUUUUGCUAUACGCGAAAAUAUGUUAUACGUUUCCAAAUUGUCUCGGAAUUAUACAAGGGAUUAUACAAGUCGAAAUUCGUUGUUCGUCAUGCAGUUAUUAAAACAACAAUGUCUUCCAUUGUCACGUACAAAUUUGUUCCUACAGACUGCAGAUUACAGAGAAUAUUGUUAUGCUCUAGAUAAGGUAAUUAUAUUUUUUAUUGCAUAAUAAAGUAUAUUGCUUGUCAGAA